AUGGCAGACUUUAUCACCAACUACGAUAAAGAGCAGAAACUCUGGGAAGGUUUGAAAAAACCCAAACUUUGUAAUGAAAAUAUUUCUGCCGGAGAAAUAGCUUUAUCCAUGUUACGCUUAAAAAAUCCCCAAGAUAUUAUGCAAAUUUCGGAUAGCGAGAAUACCACAAUGACCUAUGGCUCAGCAUUAAAUAUUGCCAUAAAGAUUGCUAAAUAUUUCAAGAGUAUUUCUCUGACGGGUGAUGAUGUAGUGGGAAUUUUCUCACCAGAUACUACAUAUGUAAUGUCUGUAGCUUUGGCGGCCUGGUUUAAUGGCACACCUUUUCAGGCCAUUAAUUGUAGAUUGGAAACCGCUGUUGUUGAAAAUCUUUAUGAUUUUAGCCGACCCAAGAUUAUUUUCUGCGAUGGUUUGCAAUAUGAGAAAGUGAAAGCAGCUUGUGUUAACUUUCAGCCUUUAAUAUAUACAUUGUCUAAUCAUUUGGAAAAUGUGGCAAAAGUGGAAGAUUUAUUACAGGCCGCUUCAAUGGAUGAGGAAUUGUAUCAAGCGCAACCUCUUAAAUAUGGCAGUAAUCAAACUAUGGUCAUAUUAGUAUCAUCGGGCACUUCCGGAAUGCCCAAAGGUGUUUGCGUGCCCAAUAGAAUGUGUGUCACAGAUUUCAGUUUUACUCAUGCCAACACCAAAAUGUUUACCAGCAGCAGCAUAGAUUGGUCUAGUGGUCUGUUGACCUUUAUGGCCAAUGUUUUGGUGGGAGGUACACGCAUCAUUACCACCCAACCAUUUACACCCGAAUAUUUGCUAGAGAUUAUACAGAAAUAUAAAAUCAACUUUCUUUCAACUAAUCCCUCAAAUUUGCUGCAAACAUCGCUAUUGAAAUCAUACUCCCAAGAAAACAUGCAAAGUAUUAAUUUGAUUUUUACCGCAGGAUCCUAUUGUUCGGAGAUAAAUCUCCAACACAUGCGUUCGGUUUUAACACAAGGUUUAUUGUUUUAUGGUUAUGGUGGCACUGAAACUGGUGGUGUAUCGGGCAGAUUAAAUGCUAAUAAAUCCAAAUCAGUGGGUAGACUUUUGCCAAAUGUUCAGCUGAAAAUUGUUGAGCCGGAGAGUGGUCAGCGUUUAGGUCCCGGAGAAAUUGGAGAGAUCUGUGUCAACCAGGGCUACGAAUGGUGUGGUUAUUAUAACAAUGCUAAAGCUACAGCUGAAAUUGUAGACUCUGAAGGUUUUAUACGCACUGGCGAUUUGGGUUAUAUGGAUGAGGAUAACUUUUUAUUUUUGGUGGGUCGUUGUAAGGAUGUAAUGAAAUUUUUGGGUUUCCAAUAUUCACCCCAGGACAUUGAAGAGAUAAUUGCUGAAUUACCCGAUAUUUUGGAUGUUUGUGUUUUUGGUGUUUAUAAUGAAAUCCAACAGGAUGCAUCUGCUGCUGCGGUGGUUAAAAGAGAGGAUAGUACUUUAACAGAGGAACAAAUAAUUAAAUAUGUAGAGAGUAAGACGGAGGUUGCACAUAAAAUAAUACAUUAUGGCGUGUUUUUUGUGAAAGAGUUGUUACGCAAUCAAAAUGGAAAACUUUUGAGAGAGAAAAUCAAGAUAAUGUGUUUGGAAAUGGAAAAGAAUAGGGAAUGUUAAAAGAAUAUU